CCUGCGCCCGCACCCAUCUCUACUUCUGCGCCGACUGCCUCCUCUACGUCCCUGUCGCGCCCCGGCUUUCUGGCGCGACUGGGGUCCUCCAUCAAUCUGCCCUUCCCCUUACGAAGCCGCAACCGCAGCGUCGCCGAUUUCCAUGUCCGCUGCGACGAGCCACACCGCAAAUACAAUGCCGGCGACCACGUCCACGGCGCCGUCAGCAUCUCCGUCGUCAAAUCAGUGCGCUACACUCACCUAGUCGUGACCCUCCAUGGCUUUGUGCGCGUGCUCAAGGAUCCCGCCGGAAGUAAAAAGGGACGAGACAUUACGGCGCUGCCGCAAGGAGGAAGCUCCUCGCGGCCACAGUAUCACGGCAAUGGCUUCGCAAGCCUCUUCCAGGACGAACAGGUUUUGAGCGGCGAGGGGAGGCUUGAUCCCGGCAGGUUCGAUUUCCGCUUCGACUUGGUGUUCCCUGACAAGGGACUCCCGAGUAGCAUUGACUUUGAACGCGGAACCAUAUCCUACAUGAUCACGGCGACUCUGACACGUCCCGUCUCCAUGUCGCCGACAAUGACAUGCGAGCGAAAGGUCAUAUUGGCAGAGAGGAUAGACGUUGGCCUCGUCCCGCCGCCAGCACCCAGAAUCAUCUUUCUUGAGCCUAUAAAUCGGAAAAUGAAGAAGAAAAAGUCGUCAAUGGCACUAGACAAGACCACUUUUGCUGCGCCAGAGGCGGCUGACGUAGUAUCUGAGCCUGAUGCCCAGGAACCGGUAGAGGAUUCUACCGACCAACAAAGCGAGCGCCGAGGAGCAGCCACGUCGAGCGAUGUGCAAAGCGAAAUCAGCGGCGAGAGUGGGCGCAGCAUUGGCACUACCAUGAGUCGGAGCGACUUCACGCAACUGUCACAUGUGGGCACUGUCGGUGCCAUGUCGGCUCAGCAGCAAACGGUCAACGACAAUACCAUCACUGCCAGCAUCGAACUGCUCAAGGGCGGCUGCCUCCCAGGUGACGCUGUGUCAGUGCGGGUCACGGUGCAGCACAUCAAGCAGAUUAAGAGCAUGACUGGUGUCAUCGUCACCCUUUUCCGCCAAGGCAAGAUUGAUUCUUCUCCGCCGGCACAACUGUUCAAGAACAUGAUGUCCAAAGAAGACGCUCGUCGACUGCAAAAGGAAGAUAUAUAUCCCAAAUCCCGUACGGGGCUAGGUGGGAUUUCACUCUCGUCAACAGGCUCCGUCAGCGUGUUUCGCAAAGACCUCGAUCAGACUACGGCGCCACUAAUCAUCGAUCCAGCGACUCUGUCGGCAUCUGUCACGGUGCCGGUCAAGAUCCCCGACGAUUCUUUCCCGACUAUCAAGGGCGUUCCGGGAGAUAUGAUCUCCUUCAAAUACCAGGUAGAAGUCCUCGUCGACCUAGGCGGGAAGCUGUCUGGCAAUUUCCCAUCUCGCAAGACUUCACGAUAUGCCACCGUGAGCAAUAGCGCCGCAGAUCAAAGUAUAAACAUGUUCUCGCAGAGGAGAGGGGCUCAGAUCGAAAUCAUCGAUACGACGCCCCUCAGGAGGCACAAGGGAAUUGUCUGUGUGGCGCUCGAGUCCGUCGUCGGCACGGUGGACUCUUCAGGGCCUCGGAAGCUCAUCAAGGUGUCGUCAUCAUCUAAAACGCUUGAAAAUCCGGAGAGCGAUGAUGAGAUUGACGUUGUUCUUCCAACUCCAACUCGCUAUGAAGAUAUCGACCGCGGUAAUACUCAUCAUACCCAUGGACCCCCGCCGCCGCCACAAGAAUACUUUCCUCCGCAGACAGAUAAUCAGCGUCCGUCGUAUACUCCUCAUGACCCUUCUCGUCCAAGCUAUCCGCAAACGACCUAUCCCGACGUCGCACCAUCCUACAUCCCACCACCUCCUCAAUUGCCUGACCAGAGGAACUUGUCAGAGAAGGAUCGUAUAAGACAAGCAGAGCAGCGAUUACUGCCUAGCCAGCCACCUGCCGGUCCGUCUAACCUCACCGCUACUAGUCCAUCUGCACCUGAUGAAGACGACAUUUACGAUGCCCAGGCCACACCAAGACAACCCUUUGCUGGCAACUCGGGGGCAGAAGAUGGCACAGCUCCAUCUGCCCCAAGUGAAGCAGAGCUUGCGGCCACCACCAGUAUCUCAGUACAACCUGGAGAAGAUAAGCAAGAACGUGAGAGGAGGCGCCUUAUGCAAGAAGCCAGCGCACCCCCUGAGUUUCCUGAGGAUAUGGACCAGAGCGGUAGUCCUGGCCGAGCCCCUAGAGAAGAUGAACUCACGGCAGAUGCUGAACCAACAGCCCCCAUGCUGAAUGAGGACGAAGAUGGGCAUGAUUACUCAGACUAUAGAGCUGCCGCAGGAACAUCCACGGGGAGUACAGGUAUGCAGAGAAGGCGGGAUAAUGAUAAUGAGGAGCAAUUGCCGGCGUACCAGCGGUGA